AUGCAUCUAAUUAAUUUUCAUACUAUUACUUACAUCUUAACAUCAUCAUCAUCAUCAUCAUCAUCAUCAUCAUCAUCAUCAUCAUCAUCAUCAUCAUCAUCAUCAUCAUCAUCAUCAUCAUCAUCAUCAUCAUCAUCAUCAUCAUCAUCAUCAUCAUCAUCAUCAUCAUCAUCAUCAUCAUCAUCAUCAUCAUCAUCAUCAUCAUCAUCAUCAUCAUCAUCAUCAUCAUCAUCAUCAUCAUCAUCAUCAUCAUCAUCAUCAUCAUCAUCAUCAUCAUCAUCAUCAUCAUCAUCAUCAUCAUCAUCAUCAUCAUCAUCAUCAUCAUCAUCAUCAUCAUCAUCAUCAUCAUCAUCAUCAUCAUCAUCAUCAUCAUCAUCAUCAUCAUCAUCAUCAUCAUCAUCAUCAUCAUCAUCAUCAUCAUCAUCAUCAUCAUCAUCAUCAUCAUCAUCAUCAUCAUCAUCAUCAUCAUCAUCAUCAUCAUCAUCAUCAUCAUCAUCAUCAUCAUCAUCAUCAUCAUCAUCAUCAUCAUCAUCAUCAUCAUCAUCAUCAUCAUCAUCAUCAUCAUCAUCAUCAUCAUCAUCAUCAUCAUCAUCAUCAUCAUCAUCAUCAUCAUCAUCAUCAUCAUCAUCAUCAUCAUCAUCAUCAUCAUCAUCAUCAUCAUCAUCAUCAUCAUCAUCAUCAUCAUCAUCAUCAUCAUCAUCAUCAUCAUCAUCAUCAUCAUCAUCAUCAUCAUCAUCAUCAUCAUCAUCAUCAUCAUCAUCAUCAUCAUCAUCAUCAUCAUCAUCAUCAUCAUCAUCAUCAUCAUCAUCAUCAUCAUCAUCAUCAUCAUCAUCAUCAUCAUCAUCAUCAUCAUCAUCAUCAUCAUCAUCAUCAUCAUCAUCAUCAUCAUCAUCAUCAUCAUCAUCAUCAUCAUCAUCAUCAUCAUCAUCAUCAUCAUCAUCAUCAUCAUCAUCAUCAUCAUCAUCAUCAUCAUCAUCAUCAUCAUCAUCAUCAUCAUCAUCAUCAUCAUCAUCAUCAUCAUCAUCAUCAUCAUCAUCAUCAUCAUCAUCAUCAUCAUCAUCAUCAUCAUCAUCAUCAUCAUCAUCAUCAUCAUCAUCAUCAUCAUCAUCAUCAUCAUCAUCAUCAUCAUCAUCAUCAUCAUCAUCAUCAUCAUCAUCAUCAUCAUCAUCAUCAUCAUCAUCAUCAUCAUCAUCAUCAUCAUCAUCAUCAUCAUCAUCAUCAUCAUCAUCAUCAUCAUCAUCAUCAUCAUCAUCAUCAUCAUCAUCAUCAUCAUCAUCAUCAUCAUCAUCAUCAUCAUCAUCAUCAUCAUCAUCAUCAUCAUCAUCAUCAUCAUCAUCAUCAUCAUCAUCAUCAUCAUCAUCAUCAUCAUCAUCAUCAUCAUCAUCAUCAUCAUCAUCAUCAUCAUCAUCAUCAUCAUCAUCAUCAUCAUCAUCAUCAUCAUCAUCUAGUGUAAUUCAUCUCAACUUAAUACAUUUUAAUUGUUUAUUAAUCAAUUUUUGUUUACUUUAUACUUGCCUUAAUAUAAUUUGCCUCACCUAUUUUUAA